AUGAAGUUCACGCUCGUCAUCACCGCUCUCGUCUUUUUCGCAACAUCGACCACUGCAACCAGAGAAUGGUCAUACAACGACCACCGCAGAUCUGUAGUCCAAGCAAGCCUAGAGCAAGCCAAAGCCAAGCAUGCCGACCUCUGCAAGCGCUGGGAUGGCCCCCGCUGCCUCGACGACGAAGACAAGCCCUCGCCCUGGGAGAUGAACUACCUCGAACGCAAGACAGCCAAGAUCGAGAAGCACGAGGCUGAAGAUGCGGUCGAGAAGAUCCAUGCACUCUGGAACAAGUGGAAUGCGGAGCAGGUGGACAUGUUGAGCAAGGUGAAGAAGGGAGGGAAGACGUAUAUGGCGCUGUUCGAGGAGGUAUCUAGUCUCGCGGAUGUCGAUGCGGCUACGGGUGUUGAUGCUCGGUGCCGGGGCUCGUGCUAG